UUUCGUGUUUACCUGAACGGACCACUCAUUCCUCGGUGUGCUUUGCUUUUCAGGUCGUCAGUUACUACCUGCUUCGUCUUUCCCGGCUAUAGGCUCGGGGUGGCUGUGAUACCUGCCAAUUCAUGCACUUCCUCUAUCGACGAUCGACAGCAUCUUCAACACGAGGAAGGCAGAUAGAAGGCCCAAUGAUUCGCCGUCAUCGACACGGUCGAAAACACAGCGUUCAACGUUCGGUUCGUGAAUGUGACUGCCAGCUGACCUUUUUCCCUCAUAUACAAAAUGUCUCGACCAUCUUUUGAAGAGCACUUCAAUGAAAUUUGGGGCGAACAGGACGAGAAGAGACGGAAAUCAACAAUCUUGCAGUGCAAAGCCCAGUCCACGGGCACAUGCAGCAGCAGGAACAUCAGCAGAAAACAUAACUCCCAAAAGUCGGGCAUGCGUAUCUUCUCAACAGUUUUGCCGUCAAGUCAAAAAAGUUGAAAAUAGCCACACAACUUUACAGUUACCGAACAGUGGACGAGGACGAAGCAGGGGCAUUGCGGUCCGUCUUCCUCUUCACAGUAGCGUUGCUGCACUACAGUAUACUAUUUCGCGAUUCAUGGCUGUAUUCUGUCUGUCUACCACAGUAACCGGUCUUGCUGUUUACACGUGCAAUUGGAACUCCUGCAGCCCUUAUAGCCUCCAUCGAUCAUAUAUGAGGCUACUUGUUUCUUCUGUACCGAGGUUGUAUAUCAGGAGGUCGAAUAUUUGUAGGAUGGUACAUACUAUGACUCUACAUCAUUCAGAGUUGGGGAUAAAAAAAGGUUUAAACACAUACGCUACAAUCACAAACAUCACAAAGACAGGUUGUACCUCAGUAGGCUAUAUUUGGCAUUGUGAUACAAAAGGGGCUAUUUGCAUCUAG